AUGGCCCCAUCCAAGAAAGGAAAGGGCAAGUCCGGUAGCAAAAAAAAUAAUAAGAAGUCAAAGACCCAAGAGGAGCCAGAGAAUCAAACACCGGCUGCACCUGAUGUUACUAUUCCUGAACCACAAUCAGAGGAACAACAGCCUGCUGAACAACAAUCUCAGGAGCCACAACUAGCUGAAUCACAGCUGCAAGAACAACAACAACCCGAACAGCCAUCUGGUCAAGCAGCGGAGCAAACAACUGACCAACAACCUGACCAACUCAUAGAGCAGGCCUCAGAGCAACAGCCUGAGCAACCAAUAGAUCAAUCAUUAGAUCAAUCCCAAGACCAGCCUCCAGCAGAACAAGCAGAUCAACAGCCCCCAGACCAGCAAGCGGAGCCACUGCAAGAUCCAUCAUCGGAGCCACUGCAAGAACAACCACUUGAUCAAGAACUGCAAGACCAACCGCCUCUUGACCAACAGUUGCAAGAUCAACAACCAGAUCAACAGCUGCCAGAGGAACCACUCUUUGACCAACAGUCACAAGAUCAACCACCACUUGAUCAAGAUCUGCAAGACCAACCGCUCCUUGACCAACAGCUGCAAGAUCAACAAUCUGAUCUACAGCUGCAAGAGGAACAGCCAGAGAAGCAGCUGCAAGAACAGCAACAAGAAGAACAAGAACAACAGCUGCAACUACAGCCAGAAGGAGCAAUCGAAGCCGAGCCCCAACAAUUGGAGGCUCCAGUGGAAAACUCAGUGGAAGCCCCAGUGGAACCCGAGUCACCGUCAGCACCCGAAGUUGCACCUGAAGUCGCAGCGGAAGUCGUACCAGAAGUUGCCUCGGAGCCAGUCCCAGAGCCAGAGCCGGUGCCAGCGCAAGAGGUGGAGCAAGAACCACAGGCCAUUGUGGAAGAAAUUCCCACGGCCCCUGAACCCGAACAGCAACCCCAACCGCCGACCAAUUCUGAAGAGGAUGGUUCUGCCCAAGUGACUACCCCCGACCUCUCCUCAAGUCAGCAGCUAGACGCGAGUGAUGUCCAGCGGGACCCCGAAGUACCUCAAGAAUUGCACCAAGAGGAACUAGACAUACCAGAACAUCCAGUUGGGGAAGCCGCUGAAACUACUCCGGAGAAUAUCGACGUAUCAAAGGAGCAAGUUGUCGAACCACCUGAGCCGACCCCAGUGACAGCACCACAAACCCCAUUGUUCUCAACGGACCCAACCACGACUUCCGUGGAGACCCCAUCUGCAACGGAGACUCAAUUCGCUGAGUUUGCAUCUCCCACAAAGACCGACGCUCCAGAGAUUGAGUCACACGCAACCCCUGUAUCUGACCCCUCCUUUGAGGCAGUUGAGGCAGCGCCUACUUCCCCCGCCCGCCAACCUACCCCGCCUGUGUCCAAGCUGGCUUCUCCUGUGCCAAAGCACGCUUCUCCCAUACCUAGGGCUGUUUCACCUGUGCCUAGGGACGCUGCACCUACACCUGAAGCCGCUUCGCCGGCUCCUAAGCCCGCUUCACCUGUACCUCAGGCAGCCCCACCUAUGGAUGAAACCGUUUCGUCGAUGCAGGAAGCCGAGCUUCCUGCGGAAGUCAUCCCACCUGCACCAACACCUCCGCCGGUCGCUUCUGUAUAUCAAGAGCCUCUGUCCAUGCUACAGAAUCCUUCACCAGUCCAGAAGAUGGCCUCUCCUGUAUCAAAGGCAGCAUCGCCAUUAACCAAGGUCGCCUCUCCCGUCCAGAAAUCUGCAUCACCAAAAGUUACCAGCCCCUCGCCCGCCACGCUUAUAUGUCGCCGAUGA